AACUGUCCAAGAAUCUUGCUGAUGAGAAUAUCUUUGAUAGUUUAAUUGAAACACGCUUCAACUUUAAGUUGUGAAGGAUGGGAGCCUAUUCAACAUGGUUACUCACCUCUUUCUACAGCAUUGGUUGAACUAACUGAACAAUCAAUCUGUCUGUUUUUAAUAUUUUCUGACAACCAACUCGUAUCAUUUCCACUUGCAUUUAUCUAUCUGGGAGCAUGUAAUUUGCUUGGCUGCCAGAAUGAUUGAUCACAAUAAAGAUUUUUUAUUUGAUCUUCAUUUGUUACAGGUUUGUCGGUUGUGUCAACAACAUGAUGAGAAACCAACCUGUUCUGUUUGUGGAACGCUAGAGAAUCUAUGGGUCUGUGUGAUAUGUGGUUUUGUAGGAUGUGGAAGAUACAAAGAAGGCCAUGCUAUUAGGCAUUGGAAAGAUACACAGCAUUGCUAUUCUCUUGAUUUAAGAACACAGCAAAUCUGGGAUUAUGUUGGUGACAAUUAUGUUCACCGGCUGAACCAGUCAAAAGCUGAUGAUAAGUCUGUUGAAAUGAACUCUCACUGUAUGUCACUUGAGGGAGACUGUGGUACCUGUGCGUUUAGUGAGGAAUCGGGAAUCAGUGGAGCUCUCUUUAAUAGCAAAGUUGAAGCAAUUGUAGAUGAGUACAAUCACCUUCUUGCAAGUCAGCUGGAAGCUCAGAGACAACAUUAUGAAUCUCUCCUCAUAGAGGCCAAAACUAGAAGGGAGAAUUCCAUUGCUGGAACAAUCGAAAAGGCUAUCGCUUCCCAGAUGCAAGACAUCCAAAGUAAACUAGAGAAAUGUGAAGGGGAAAAAGAUGCCGUUGCUGAAAUUAAUAGAUAUCUUAUUAAGGACCAAGAAAUUUGGCGGAAAAAGGUUAAAGAAAUUGAAGAGAGGGUAAUUUCAACACUCAGAUCAAAAGAUGAGCAAAUACUUGAUCUGGAAGAACAGUUAAGAGAUCUAACGGUGUAUAUUGAAGCCCAGAAGACCGUUCACAAGAUGACAGAUUCAGAUGGCAUCAAAGGAGGAACUAUAUUGCCAGUGCCUCCAAAGGAGCCUUCUGCAUCUGCCACCAGAAGGCAAAAGAAAUCAGGUCGAAGACGGAAUUAGUCGAUUACUGUGGAAAUGAUAGCAUGAUAUCUUUGUAUACGGUUAACAUUGGCCCAAAAUCAUGUAUAUGUGAUGCCAAUAAAGCAGGAGAUCAUGUUUUUGCAAUUGAAUUUUCUUUGAACCCAAAGGAA